AUGGAUGAAACGAGCCCGCUGGUAUCUCCAGAGCGCGGUCCGGCCCCGGGGUAUGGGCUGCCUGGGGGUGCCGUGCGCUCCCCGCCUUGCCCCGCUGCCUCUAGUACUCCCGCUGGACCGUGUCCCUGUCCCUCCCCACCGGGAUCCCCCGCAGGUGGCCGCGACCGGGAGCGCCAGCCGCUGUUGGAUCGGGGUGGUGGUGCGGAGCGUGGAGCCACGCGGGGCACUGUAGCAGUAGCCGGGGCGACCCAGACUCAGGCUCCAGUGGGGGUCGGAGUAGGGAUCGCCGCGGGUCGAAGUGAACGGGAGCACCGGAAUGAAUUUCCCGAUGACCCAGAAUUCGCCGAGGUAGUGCGACUGGCAGAGCUGGCGAGCGAACGCGGAAUCUACCCUGAGCGCAUCUACCAAGGUUCUAGCGGCAGCUAUUUCGUCAAGGAUCCGCAGGGGAAAAUUAUUGGUGUGUUCAAACCGAAGAAUGAAGAACCGUAUGGGCAUCUAAACCCAAAGUGGACAAAAUGGCUGCAAAAACUUUGCUGUCCCUGCUGUUUUGGAAGAGAUUGUCUUGUUCUCAACCAAGGAUAUCUGUCUGAAGCUGGUGCAAGUCUUGUUGAUCAAAAGCUGGAACUGAACAUUGUACCUCGCACAAAGGUGGUGGACUUGGCUAGUGAAACAUUUAACUACAGUGCCAUUGACAGAGUGAAGUCUCGGGGCAAGCGUCUGGCCUUGGAAAAAGUGCCCAAGGUUGGGCAGAGGUUUCAUCGAAUUGGUCUUCCACCAAAGGUGGGUUCCUUCCAGCUUUUUGUGGAAGGCUAUAAGGAUGCAGAUUACUGGUUGCGGCGCUUUGAAUCUGAGCCUCUUCCAGAAAAGAGUAACCAUCAAUUGUUGCUACAGUUUGAGAGAUUGGUGGUGCUGGACUAUAUUAUACGCAAUACUGAUAGGGGUAAUGACAACUGGCUGAUCAAAUGUGAUUGCCCCCUGGACAGUACAAGUAUGCAGGACUCAGAAUGGGUUGUAGUAAAGGAGCCUGUAAUUAAACUGGCAGCCAUUGACAAUGGUUUGGCUUUCCCUCUUAAGCAUCCAGACUCUUGGAGAGCAUAUCCUUUCUAUUGGGCAUGGCUGCCACAGGCCAAAGUGCCAUUCUCUCAAGAAAUCAAGGAUCUUAUCCUGCCAAAGAUUUCAGACCCUAAUUUUGUCAAGGAUCUAGAAGAAGAUCUCUAUGAACUCUUCAAGAAAGAUCCAGGUUUUGACCGAGGCCAAUUUCAUAAGCAGAUUGCAGUAAUGCGUGGUCAGAUCCUGAACUUGAUGCAAGCCCUGAAAGAUGGAAAGAGCCCUCUUAACUUGGUCCAGAUGCCUCCUGUUAUUGUAGAGACUGCUCGCUCCCAUCAGCGCUCUGCCAGUGAAUCAUAUACACAAAGCUUCCAGAGCCGCAGGCCCUUCUUUACCUGGUGGUAGCAGUUGCCUUUAUUCUCAGUGAAGAACUUGAGAGGGGGCAUCGUUUGAGAGCAAGCAAUCAACCCUCCAGACUGAGGUUGCCUGCUGUAGAUGAUCAGGAAUGUAAGCAGGGUCAGUCUCAACUCUGCACGUUCCCAGUGAGAAACGAGGGAUGUUCA